AUGACCAAAGACAGUAAUUCUAAGAACAAAACUAUCAUUAUACGCGUUCAGGUCGCACAAUCUAAACUAUUCACAAAGAACGAAAACGAAGGAUUUCGAGAACUAUACAAGUUACGACACCACAAGGAAGCCUAUUAUCCAUUAGCUUGUUAUUAUGAACAACACCAUGAUGAUGAGAAAGCAUAUGCAUAUUUUGAGAAAUGUCAAAACAAGUACAGAAUGGCAUUAAUUUUGAAAAGGCAAUCAAAGGAGAAACAGUCACUCCAUUAUAUGGUAUCGGCAGCAAAUGACGGUAAUAAGUAUGCUCAGUUCAUGAUGGGCUUGUAUUUUCAACAUGGUUCACUUGUCAAGCAAUCCAUCCAACUGGCAAAAAUGUGGUACCAAAGAUCGGCAAACACUGGCUUUGCGGAGGCUCAAACCGCCCUGAGUAACCUGCUAAUUCAUCAGGCAAAACUUGAAAAUAAUCCUAGCUUAAUACAAGACGCUCUUUUUUGGCUAUCUAAAGCUGAAGCACAAGAAAAUGCAAGCGCUUUAAUUCGACUUGGCUCUUUGCAUGAAGAAGGCAUCUUGGUACAACAAGACGAUUUAAAGUCAAUAAAUUAUUACAAACGAGCAGCUAUCUCCCCUUGUAUUUCACCUCCUAUCUCAUCGUUCGCCCAUUACUUGGUAGGCAUUAAUUAUAGACUCGGCGAUUUAGGUCUUGAACAAGAUACCAACAUUGCCUUCAAACACCUUACUAUAUCAUCUAAUCUCGGCUUUAGUCACGCCCAACGUGCUUUGGGACUGAUGUAUGCAAAAGGUAUUGGCACCGAAAAAAAUCUAAAUUUGUCGCAUAAAUUAUUAGAAUCUGCUUCUUCUCAAGGUGACCUUCGUUCUCUAAGUCUAAUGGCUCAUACCAAAGAAACACUGGACUCGUAUCAUGAAGCCGCUGAAAUGGGUUCCCUGUCUUGCCAAAUUGCUUUAGCAUUUUUAUUGCAAUCAAAACAUCAAUACACGCUUGCAUUUAAAUGGUUUCAAAUAGCUGCUAAAGGUACCCCGACCACAUCAUCAAAAAAAUACGGGCCGGAUUCCAGCUUGGAACAAUGCAAUAUAGCAAGACUUAUGCUCGCAAGAUAUACAUAUAAUGGCUGGGGUGUUAAAAAAGAUGUUUCUUGGGCAAUCAAUGAAUUGAAAGAGCUUUCAGCAAAUGACUUUAAAGAAGCUCAUUAUUGGUUAGCUGCUUGGUAUGAAGAAGAAAAAGACCUAGACAAGUCGCUUGCUUUAUACACUAAAGGUGCGAUAUCAGGUGACGUUGAUUGUCAAUUUCAAGUAGCCUACAUGCUAUCCAACGGUUAUCAAUCAAACAGUACUUGCAUUAAGGAUGUCGAAGCCGCUUUUUCUUGGUAUUUGAAAGCUGCAGAAAAUGGGCAUAAAACAGCUCAAUAUAGUGCAGGUCUAUACUAUGAGAACGGCUUAUUUAUGUCUGUUGACUUAAAAAAAGCGAUAUAUUGGUACACCCGCGCUGCUAAACAAGACAUUACACUGGCCAUGGUGAGAUUAGCAAGAUUAGUAAAAUCUACGGACAAAGUGGUUUAUUGGUUGACAACAGCGAUUGAUAAAGGGGAUAUAUCAGCGUUACGUGAAUUAGCCACAUUUUAUAAAAAUGGUUUAAUUGAAGGGUACCAGCAACAUCAAGAAGCGUUUGAUUUAUUUCAAAAGGCUGCAUAUAGAGAUGAUGCAAUGUCUUGGCAUGCCCUGUCGGAAUUCUACGAACAAGGUAUCAUCGUACCUGUCAAUCUUGAAAAAGCAGUUUCCUGUUUAGAGAAAGCAGAAGUGUUAGGAUAUUCAGUUGCAGCUUUGGAUUUGGCAGAACUGUACUGCAGAAACAAAAUGAUGGAAGAUGCUUUAAUUGUAUAUACCAGACUCACUGAAGCUUACAGUAUAAAAUCUACUACUGGCUGGAAUGCACGGCUCAAAUUUUCAAGAAUGAUUAUAUUUGAAGAUGGUGGUACUGAAAAGGAUCAGCUUAAAGUCUAUUCUUGGCUAAUGCAUAUGCAGUACAAACGAAAUAAACCACUAGCCCAAGUAUUUGAAUUUCUAGGCUAUUGUACAGAGAACGGUAAAGGAACCGCCAUAGACAAGGAUGUAGCUUUACACUGGUAUAUAUCUUGCGUUGAAGCAAAAGAAUUCGAUUGGGCUAAACAACGCUCACUUUGUAGACUUGUGAGUUACUAUAUGGAUCAAAAGGAUUACGCUUCAGCAUACUAUUAUUUGGAAAUUCUGAAACCCGACCUAGAUGAUAUGAGACAGUUGUCCACAGAUGCUAAUAUUCAGGCACGUCGAGUGAAAUAUUUUUUAGGGUAUCUAUUGAUGUAUGGUUUGGGUACAGAAAGAAAUAUACAGAGUGGCGUUUCUUGGAUAACAUCUGCUGCUGAUGAUGGUGAUAAUGACGCAGUUUAUGAAUUGGGCAAAUAUUACUCCACAAUAAAUGAAGAAGAAGAAGCCAAACAUCGAUACGAAGAAGGCAUUGGACAUGCAGGAUGUAUGCGCGCAUUAGCAAUGAUUUUACUCUCCGAAGAAAGCGACCAACCCGAUGAAUAUGAGGAUUAUGAUGGUGGUGCUCAUAUUUUAGGUUUAUUAGAAAGUGCAGCUAAUAUGGGAGAUACAGAAGCAAUCUAUCAACUUGGGAUUGCGCAUGAAGAUGGCCUUGGCUCCGUUACUUUAAAAGAUAGCGAAACUGCUCUGGCUUAUUAUAUAAAAGCAGCAACCGGAAUGCAUGAGCUAGCUAUGGUAAAAGCAGGUGAAAUCCUAAGUAAUUCCUUAGGGAGGUACGAAGAUUCAAUAUACUGGUUUCAGAAGGCUGUCAAUUUAACAAACAAUAUCAAAGCAAAAGUCAUGCUAGUCUCAUUUGAUUUUCAAGGUCACAGCAAGACAGACAAAAAUGACAUGUAUCAUUUUGAAGUGCUCCGAAAUAUGAUUCAUGAAGAAAUGGCAAACAUGGAAGAAGAAGAUUCACAAGCCAAUGACCAACAAUUAACGAUGAGAAAAGAAGGGCUUGGUCUGGCAUUUUAUAUCCUAGGUCAGUGUUACGAACUUGGACGUGGGACACCUGUCAACAUAUCAUUAGCAAUAGAGUGGUAUCGUCGCUCUGUACUCAUUUCACAGCAUGUGGAAGCCAUGUGGAGAUUAGGAAUUAUUUACAGCAACUUGGAAGGGGAUAAAAUAAGCGCCCUAGAAUGGUUCAGAAAGGCAGCAGAGAAAGGAAAACACCGUGAUUCACACUACCAGUUGGGUUUAUAUCAUUUAAAUGGUCUUGGAGGAUUGGAAAGAAAUAUUAUUGCUGCCCAAAAAUACUUUUCAAAGGCAUCUGACGGGGGUCAUCCGUUAGCUACAUUUGAAUUAGCACGCAUAGUCUGGAACCGUAACGAUGAUCAUGUAUUCGGGUAUGAACUAUUUAGACUGGCGGCACAACUUGGCGUCUCUGAUGCGUUACGAGAACUUGGUCAUCUAUCCCACAGGGGAUUUUCGUCGGAAGGUAUCACUAUUGUACAUCAAGAUUAUAAGAGAGCCUUUGGCUACUAUUGUGAGGCUGCACAGAAAGGAGAUCCAACGGCAGCACUUAUGGUAGGUAAUUAUUUUGAAGAGGGCUAUCUGAAAGAAGAGUUAGGCCAAGAUUGUGAAAGAGCACUUCAGUGGUAUGAAUCAGCAUAUCGACUAAAUGGUGGUGGAUUAACGGAGCUAGCUAUUGGUAAACUAAAGCAUAUCAUGGCUGAAUCAAUUAAUGAUCCCAAAGAAGCAGAUGAUAUGAGAGAAGAAGCAUUCGUUUGGUUUGAAAGUGCAGCCAUUAGCUCAAUAAACAAGCACCAGGGGUUUUGUGCUAAAGUGAUGGUCGCUCUUUAUUAUUUAAACGGUUGGGGACGAAAGUCACAAGAUACCCAGACAGGAUUGAGCAUAUUGCUGGACAUAGCAAAAGCUGGUGGCAGUGUGGCAUUUGUACCUAUUGCUAGAUGUUAUGAAGAAGGUAUUGGAACUGAACGUGACAUGCUCAAAUCAAUAGCAUACUGGGAGAUGGCGGCCGAUAUGGGCAAUCACGAAGCAGUCAUAAGAAUUAACCAGAGUUAUGAAGCAGGUUUAUCUGGCCAAAACUCAGACUACGAAUCUGUAAAACAAUAUUACGAUGCCACAAAAAUGACAAAUCGUCCUCUUAUUCUUGGUUUAUUAAGAGAAAUAUAA